CCAACUCAAGGAUGCGGGACGAAGGGGCCGCGAUAUCGAGCCCCAAGCCCGCCCCCUUCUUGACGGAUGAGCAGCGUGCGGCUCUCGAUCAAGCUCUUCGGGACAAGGCGCAAGAGCAAGCGAAGGCAAGAGCAGCUGCAAACCACAAGGCUGCUGCUGCUUCUGGAGAGCGCAAGAGCCGGUCGGCCAAGGGCCCCGGCGGAGCCAAGAAGGGUGGCGGCGGUGGCAAGUACACAUGGGGCUCGCUGUUGACGACGGGGGCGCCUGCAGCCAAGGGGGAUGUUGCCCUGGACAAGGGCGACCCCAACUAUGACUCUGAGGAGGACGAGCGCGAUGUGGUGCUGCUCCGGAACCACCAGGCUGCACUGCGACAGGAGGUGGCGGCGUACAAAGAGCAGGUGCGGUCCAUCGUUGAGGAGUACUUCGUGUCGGGCUCCGUGUCCGAUGUUGCUGAGAGCCUGGAGGAGCUGGGUGCCUCCCACCUGGCGCACUACUUUGUGAAGCGGCUGCUGACGACGGCACUGGACCACAAGGACCGGGAGAGGGAGAUGGCCUCCACGUUGCUGUCCAGCCUGUAUGCAGAGGUGAUUGCUCCUGACCAGCUGAUCAAGGGCUUCACCUCCCUCUUCACGUCCCUGCCCGACCUGGUGCUGGAUGUCCCCGAGGCGCCCGAGCUGCUGUCGAGGUUCGUCAUGAGGGCAGUGGUGGAUGACGUACUGCCACCGGCGAUUGUGUCCUACGUGGACCCGGAGUCUGGCCCCGCCUGCCGGGACCUCCGUCAGCGUUGCGAGGCCCAGCUGGCUGCGCGACAUAACGCGGAGAAGGUCCUGCGGUGCUGGGGGGGAGCAGGUACAGGCACCCACUUCACGGACAGCAAGGCCGCCAUCUCCUCGCUGUUGGCCGAGUACCUGGUGGCCCGUGACCUCGGGGAGGCCAGCAGGCGGCUGAGGGAGCUGGGGCUGCCCUUCUUCCACCACGAGCUGGUGAAGCAGGCCCUGGUUGCGGCGCUUGACAAUCCCAGCCAUGUGGAUCCCGUGGUGGCGCUGCUGGCUAGGCUCUCCUCCUCGGGUGAGGUCUCCUGCAGCCAGCUGGCCAAGGGUCUGCGGCGGGUGGCGGACAACCUGGCGGAUGCGGUGCUGGACAACCCGGCUGCGGGGGAGAGGUUCGCUCAGCUGGUGGCGGCUGCAAGGACGGCCAAGGUCUUUGACGACCUGGAGCCCGAGGACAUGGGCACCAAUGCCGCGUUGGCGGUCUUUGGCACCCCGGCAGCUGCGGAUGGCGCCUCCGGGCCGUCCUCCACCUGCGCCAGCAACGGUGGUGGCGGCGGUGCGGUGGCUUCUUCCAGUGGCGGCGCGUCUGCGGGCGGUGUGGUGGUGGCGAUGCCGCCGGGUGUGGCUGCGUUCAAGGCGGCUUCCCUGGCGGCUCUGCGGGAGUACUUUGACUCUCAGGAUGCUGAGGAGGUGGCGGCGAGGUUGGUGGCGUUGGAAGAGCCGGGUCUUCACCCGCUGUUCGUGAAGGCGGCUGUGUCACUGGCUCUGGACCGAAAGGACCGGGAGAGGGAGCUGGUGUCGAAGCUGCUGGUGGCGCUGGUGCCAGAGGUCAUUUCCCCCGAGGCCCUGGCGGGGGGAUUCACUCGGCUGCUGGCGGCCGCGGACGACCUGGUGCUGGACGUACCGGACGCCGUACACCUGCUGAGCCUUUUCCUGGGACGAGUGGUGGUGGAUGAGCUGCUGCCUCCCGCUUUCCUCACACAGGUUCUUCCCUCCCUGGACGCGGAUGGUCUGGGCGUAGCGGUGGUUCGCUCCGCGGGUAUCAUGCUCGCUGCUCGUCAUGGCUUUGAGCGGCUGGUGAACUGCUGGCACGGGGGGGCCCUGGAGCUGGGGGCGGUCAGGCAGGCUAUCAGGGCUGCCAUAGAGGAGUACGGCACCAGCGGUGAUGUGGCGGAGGUGGCUCGCUGCCUUCGCGAACUGGGGGCGUCCUCCUUCUCGCACGAGGCGGUCGUGGCGGCGGUUGAGUUGGCCUUCAGCCGAUAUCACGGCAAAGCCACUACUACGACCCAGGCCCCGGGAGCCAAUGGCAGCGCCCAGCCGCAGCCGAAGGAGGAGCACGAGUCGGAUGCUGGUGCAGCUCCCUCGGACGGCAGCUUGGAGGCCGCUGCGGGCCCCGUUGUGGAGCUGUUGACUGCCCUGGCGGGUCAGGGAGUGCUGUCCGCCACUCAGCUGACGACGGGCAUUGAGAGGGUGCGGGCGGCACUGAGUGAGGAGGUGAUGGACUAUGGUCCUUCGUCGCAGCAAGUGCUGAACUGGAUUACAGAGAGGGGGCUGCGCGAGGGCUGGCUGGCGGCAGCAUGACAUGCGUGCGGCCAGUAGCCCCGCUUCAACCGCUGCGGCGGCGGGGGGAAGGAGACGGACGACUCGAUGAGACGGUGGUGUUCGGCCAGAG